GAUCAAGUAACAAAAGCUGAAAUUCUAUGGUCGUUAAAAGUUGCUCAAAAAGGUCUAAGUUAUAACUUAUGUAAUGAAUUAAAUGAAUUGUUUUCAUCGAUGUUUCCUGAUUCUUCAAUUGUCGGAAACUUUAGUAUUCAAGCUGAUAAAAUGUCUUAUGUUAUAUCACACGGAUUGGGUCCUUAUUUUAAGAAAAAAUUAAUCGAAGAUGUUAAAAGAGCUGAUAAAUUUGUCCUUAUAUUUGAUGAACAAACGAACAAUCAAAAUAAAAAACAAUUAGAUAUGUUGUUAAGAUAUUGGUCUAAUGAAAAACAAUGUGUUGUUAAUCGAUUUUAUAAAUCAGUUAUAUUAGGUCAUGCUUAUGCAAAAACAAUUCGUGAUAUAAUUAUUGAAUCAUUUGCUACUGAUGGAUUAAAUCUAAAUAAACUUUUAAUGUUAGGAAGGGAUAAUCCCAACAUUAAUAUUUCACUUGAAAAUUUAAUUGAUGUGGAAAUGAAAAAACAAGGUGGCUGUUUAUUAACAAUUGGAAGCUGUAACAUCCACAUUAUACACAAUGCUUUUAAAAAUGGUAUUCUGUCUUCUAAGUGUGAAGAUAUUGAUUCUGUUAUGGAAAAAGCAAUUCUAUAUUUUUCAAUAACAAGAUGGGUUUUAUUAGGCAAAGUUAUUGAUCGAAUUUUAAAUCAAUGGGAUAUUUUAUGUGAUUAUUUUCUUUGUUUUUUGCCUGAAAAACAACCUGUACAAAUUCGAGAAAACAAACGUUAUGAAAGCAUCAAAUUAGUCUUAUCAUCAAAUUUCUCAAAGGUCAAAUUUAACUUUAUGUUAUAUUUAUGUGAAAAUAUUUUCGAUCGUUUUUUCACCUUCUUCCAACGUGAAGAACCAUUGAUCCACUUAUUAUAUUGUGAACUUAAUGAUUUAUAUCAAAAUGUUCUAUUAUCAUUCUUGAAAUCUGAUUCGGUUCAGCAAAAAUCUGGUCAAGAUUUGUUAAAUAUUAAUUUUGAACAAUCUGCUUUAUGGAUAGCAGAUAAAGAAAUAAAAAUUGGUGAACAAACAAGAAAGUUAAUACGAUCACUUAAUUUUGACGAGAAAAAAUCUUUUUAUCAAGAUGUUAGAAAGAUUUAUAUUACAAUUGCAAAUUAUCUGAAGAAAAAUUUUCCUUUAAAUAAUAUGUUAUUACGUGAUUUACAAAUAUUAGAUUAUUUAUCUAGAACUGAUCGAUCAAGUGGCGAUCGAAUUGUUCGAGUAGCUCGAAAUAUUCCAAAUUUACUUGAUGAUAGAGAAAUUGAUAAGUUAGCAAAUGAAUGGGCAUUAUAUUCAGUUGAACUGGUCGAUCGGUCUUGGUAUAUUAAAGAUGAAUAUGUUGAUUCAAAUGGUAAUAAUCAAAUAAAAUAUCAUUCUAUUGAUUAUUAUUGGAACAACGUCUUUUCAAUCUUAACAAUGAAUGGCAUAUCAAAGUAUCCAACAUUAACUAAACUAAUGAAAAAUGUUUUAAUUAUUACACAUGGUAAUGCUGAUGUUGAGAGAGGUUUUAGUAUUAACUCGAAUAUUCUUAGGGAAAAUCGAUCAUCGUUAUCAGAGUCAUCAAUAAAUGGUCUAAGAUUAGUUUAUGAUGGAGUAAAAUUUUUUGGAAGCGGCUCAGCACAUAAAGUACCUAUAACUACAGAUAUUAUUAAUAUGGUAAAGAAAUCGUCCAGUAAUUAUCGUGAAAGUUUAAUUGCUGCUAAAUUAGCAGUUGCUAUUCAUAAAAAUAAUGAAAACAGCAACAAAAUAAUUCAAAAUGAAAAACAACAACAUCUUGAUGAAGAAAAGGUGUUAUUGGACAAACAAAAAACUCUUGCACACCAGAUGAAGGAAGCUGAAUAUUUGAUUGAUGAAGGAACAAAUCGAUUAGAAGGUGCAUUGAAAAGUGGUGUUUUUUCAGAAGUACAUGCGGCUAAACUUUUGAUUGCUGGUGGUCGUGAAAAAUUAACAUCAAUUAAUGAACAACAGCAACAGCUUACAAAUGAACUCGAUUAA